GUGUCGUUUCCUUUUACUCAAACAUCAAAAGAAAGCAUAUCUCAGAAAUGUUACCAAAAAUGGAGGUUUAUGCCUUUACUGUUUUUUAUAUUUUCUUUUCUUUUUUGCUAGGAGGCUUAGCUGAGCAAUGUGGAAGGCAAGCUGAUGGUGCCCUAUGCCCAGGAGGCUUAUGUUGCAGCCAAUAUGGUUGGUGUGGAAAUACGGAUCCUUACUGUGGUGGUGGAUGCCAAAGCCAGUGUGGUGGCGGCGGCGGAGGUGGUGGUGGAGACCUUGGCAGUAUCAUCUCAAGAUCAACAUUUGAUCAACUGCUUAAGCAUAGAAAUGAUGGUGCUUGCCCUGGCAAGGGAUUCUACACGUACGAUGCUUUUAUCUCGGCUGCCAAGGAUUUUCCUGGGUUUGGCACCACCGGCGAUGUUGCCACGCGCAAAGGGGAGAUUGCUGCUUUCUUUGGCCAGACAUCUCAUGAAACUACUGGAGGGUGGCCCAGUGCUCCUGAUGGUCCAUACGCCUGGGGAUACUGCUUCAUUAGAGAGCAAAAUCCUGGAUCUUAUUGUUCUCCAAGUUCCACUUAUCCAUGUGCCCCUAAUAAGCAAUAUUACGGCAGGGGUCCUAUCCAACUCACAUGGAACUACAAUUAUGGGCAGUGCGGGAGAGCCAUAGGAGUCGAUCUGCUGAACAAUCCAGACCUCGUUGCUACUGAUCCUGUCAUUUCCUUCAAGGCAGCAAUAUGGUUCUGGAUGACUCCACAAUCUCCAAAACCAUCAUGCCACGAUGUCAUUACAGGACGUUGGUCACCUUCUGCAGCCGAUAGGUCAGCCGGCCGACUUGCCGGUUAUGGAGUGCUGACAAAUAUCAUCAAUGGAGCCCUUGAAUGUGGUAGGGGAUGGGACUCGAGGGUUGAUGAUCGUAUUGGGUUCUACAAAAGGUACUGUGAUUUACUUGGAAUUGGCUAUGGUAACAACCUUGACUGCUACAACCAAAGGUCUUUUGGAAAUGGAGCUUUCGGAUUAGUAGACACCAUGUGAUUCCAUUUUCAUUAAGAGAAAAAUAAAACAGAUAAAUGACACGAACUGCGUUUGAUUUGUUUGGCCCAAAUAAAUAAGUUAUUUUUAAUCUGAGGGUUAAACAUUGAAGCUUAAUGCAAAGCUGCACUUCAGAGCAGUUGAAGACAUUAUGAUCAGUGUCUUCUUGACGGGAAAAGUAGAUGUUCAACCAAUUAAAGUUCGCAAUUGCUUUAUGGCUUGGUUUCUAUAUCUCCCAAAUUUCAGUUCAGCAAAUAUCGUUGCAAGUAAUAAAGUUUUUCUUUUUUCUUUUACAA